AUGCCGUUGCCAUCAUCACUCACUGGCAAGGUCCCCAUAGUGGAGCUGUCGGAGCACACAUUUCGGACGCCGAGCGCAAGCAGCUCCUGUAGCCUGUUACAUGUUAAUCCACAUACGCACAAGCUCAAAAUAUGUGAUUUUGGAAGUGCAAAGGUCCUGGUCAAGGGAGAACCAAAUAUCUCCUACAUAUGCUCCAGGUACUACCGGGCACCAGAACUCAUCUUUGGUGCAACUGAGUAUACCAUUGCCAUUGAUUUGUGGUCCGCAGGCUGUGUCAUGGCAGAGCUUCUUCUCAGACAUCCUAUUUUUCCUGGGGAAAGUGGAGUUGAUCAGCUGGUUGAGAUUAUCAUGGUCUUGGGUACUCCAACAAGGGAAGAGAUCAAGUGCAUGAAUCCGAACUACACAGAGUUCAAGUUCCCACAAAUUAAGGCUCAUCCAUGGCACAAGCUGUAG